ACUAGAACCGCAGUGUUUUUUUUUAAUUCCCACACCCGGCAUGUAAAUACUAAUUUGUUGCGCUUAGCGUAGAUAGCCCCGCGUUUGGUUUCAUGUUAGGAACGGCUGGUUUAGAUGCGCCCGUCCUCUGCAGAGCUUUAUUAGUGGGAAGCUGACCUGAGGCGCGUCUUGAUGUGAGUGUAAUGUAACUGGCUGAGAUGCUGCCCACCGCUUCAGACCUGCUCUUCUUUUCUUUCGCUCUUCUGCUACUGUGUCAAGUCUCCGAUGCAAAAAGGGAUUUAAAAAGCGCCUGCUCCACCUGCAAGAGGAUUACAGAGAACUUCGACAAGGGCUUUGAGAGAACAGCAAAGCAGAACUUUGGAGGAGGAAACACAGCCUGGGAGGAGAGGAAACUGUCUAAAUAUGAGACGAGUGAGAUCCGGUUGAUGGAGAUCAUAGAAGGGCUGUGUGACAGCAGCAGCUUCGAAUGCAACCAGAUGUUAGAAGAACAUGAAGAGCACUUUGAAACCUGGUGGUUCAAGCGGAAAACAAAACAUCCCGAUUUGCAUAAAUGGUUCUGCAUUGAAACUAUCAGCGUGUGCUGUCCGAAGGGAACCUUUGGACCCGACUGCAACGCCUGCCUCGGGGGCUCCGAGAGGCCGUGUCACGGGAACGGAGCGUGCGACGGUGACGGGACUCGAGGAGGAAACGGCAAAUGCAGCUGCGACAAAGGUUACAAAGGAGAGUUCUGCCUCGACUGCAUCGACGGUUACUUCAACGCAGUGAGGAACGACACCUUCUCCCUGUGCACGGAGUGUGACGCCUCUUGCAAGACUUGCACUGGAGCAACCAAUCAGGACUGUGAUGAGUGCAAGGAAGGCUGGGAGGAGGAUGACCAAGAGUCUUGCAUUGAUGUGGACGAGUGUGCCAAAGGUUCAUCUACGUGUAAAGAAGAUCAGUAUUGCCUUAACACAGAGGGGUCGUACUCCUGCAAGGACUGCGACAAAGUUUGCUCCGGCUGCACUGGAGCCGGUCCUGAUAAGUGCCAGUCCUGUGCCAGUGGCUACCAAGACACCGAGGGCACCUGCACAGACAUUGAUGAAUGCUCCCAGCCAGAGCUGGCGUGCACGAAGGAGCACCAGGAGUGUGUCAACACGAAAGGCAGCUUUUCCUGCAUCUGCUCCAUCGGCUAUGAGGAACUGGACGGCGAGUGUGUCGAAACGCCUCAGAAGGAUGAAGCUGAGAACUCAGAGCCGCGCGUCGAGCUUUGACGUCAGAACUUGGGCCGUCGCAUUUUGAACCGUCGACAAUUUCUGCACAUCUGAAGCCCGUCGUUGUUUUUAAUACUGUUGACUACAUGCACUUAAUGAACCAGCUGCUCCUAGAAAGAACACAAGUCACCAGAACGCUGCUUUUCUGCAGUGAAUCGUGGAUUAAAGGACAAAGAGAGACAUUUUAUGCCUCGGUACGCUGGACGCUGUUUUUCUCUGGUCUGCUCAAACCACUUGUUGUCUUUGUUUGUGGGAUCAUUUUAAAAAUCCAAAUGUGUUUCAAUAAAGUUGAAUUCUGAUAAAUU